GACGCGGAAGAUAACACUUCUCUCGGAUUUUCUUUUGUUUCUAUUUUUUUCUUUUGCUUUUAUUGCAUAAGCGUUUCUCGUCAGCAUGGCCGACGAAGAGCAUCCAGCUGUCACGAACUUCAGGAAUUAUAUCAGGAUAAAAACGGUACAGCCAACACCUGAUUAUGCUACCUGCACCACCUACUUACAAGGCCAAGCGAAGGAGAUCGGUGCCGAGUGCCAGGUGGUGGAGUGCGUGCCAGGCAAACCAGCUGUGAUCAUGACCCUGCCAGGAGAGGACCCGACUCUUCCAGCUGUUCUGCUCAACUCACACACCGACGUCGUUCCUGUGUUUCCCGAACACUGGAAAUACGACCCCUUCGGCGCCCACAAGGACGAGGCUGGCGACAUCUAUGGGCGCGGAACUCAAGACAUGAAGUGCGUAGGAAUUCAGUACCUGGAGGCUCUGAAGCGGCUGAAGGCGAUGGGCGACGAAAAAGGGCGUUUCCUGCGCUCUGUUCACUUGUCCUUCGUUCCAGAGGAGGAGCUCGGGGGUCUGCAGGGCAUGGGUCGCUUAGUGCAGACGGAGACCUUCAGGAGGAUGAACGUGGGCGUGGCUCUGGACGAAGGCUACGCGAGCACGAGCGACGCCAUGAAGGUCUUCUACGGGCAGAGGAAUCCCUGGUGGAUCCUGAUCAAGUGCCCGGGUCAGCCAGGUCACGGGUCGCAGUUCCUUCAGAACACAGCGGGAGAAAAGCUGGCGAAGAUCAUCAAUUUCUUCAUGGCAUUUCGAGAGCAAGAGCUGCGCAGGCUGGAGGCGGACCCUAGUCUCACGCUGGGCGACGUCACCACCAUCAACCUCACGAAACUGGAGGGCGGCGUGCAGUUCAACGUGGUCCCUGCUGAGCUGAGCGUGGGUUUCGACGUCCGGAUACCGCCGGGGGAGAUCGAGGUGUUCCAGGAGAGACUCGACGGUUGGUGCAAGGAGGCCGGGGGAGGAAUCACGUGCGAGUUCGGACAGAAGGUGAUGGAGAAAGCAGUGACGUGUGUUGAAGACGGAAGGAACCCUUGGUGGGAUGCAUUCUCGUCCGCUUGCAAGAAAAUGGACGUUGUUUUAGAGAAAGAAAUAUUUCCAGCGUCUACGGACAUGAAAUAUAUCAGGAAGCUGGGCAUCAGCGCCCUCGGCUUCUCCCCCAUGAACAACACGCCCAUCCUGCUCCAUGACCACAACGAAUUCCUCAACGAAAGGGUGUUCCUCAGGGGCGUCGACAUCUACACAGAGGUCAUCCCGGCGCUCGCUAAUCUAGGGCCGUGGUGAUGAGGGGGUGGUGAU